CAUGAACCUAUAUCGAGACUAAUAAUACAAAUUUUUAUUGAUCUAUAGUACAAAAUUUCGUAAAUUAACUCAAUUAACAAUGUGUCCAGCACUUUUAGAAAAUGAAGAACGAUGUUUUGGUGGAAUGACAUUUUUUGCUCAAAGUCAUCCAGUUGAAGUUUGUGGUAGUAAUGGUUUACCUCUUACACCAAAUUCUAUAACUAUAUAUGGAAAAUCUCAAUUUUUAAAGACUAUUCAUCACCCAAAUUUAUCAACAUAUCUUGAUAUAAUUAGGAGUAAACAUGAACGGAUAGUAGUGGUUGCAGAAUAUAAUGGAGACCCAUUAAACAAUAAAGAAAAUUUAAACAUAGAUGAAAUUGUGAAAAUAACAUUUCAAUGCUUAUUAGGUUUGCAACAUAUGAACAAAUUAAAUUUAGUACAUAGACAUCUAAAUCCUGAAAACAUAUUAAUUAAUAAAAGUGGAAAUUUACAACUGUAUAAUUUUGGUUUAUAUUAUAUGACAGACAGUGGAAAAAAUGUAUCUUUUCCUAUUGGUUAUCCUAAAUAUACAGCACCUGAAGUAUUUCUGAGUCCUGAUGUUAGCAGUCCAAAAGUAGAUUCUUGGUCUCUAGGAAUGAUUAUUGCAGAAUUAUUACUGGCAAAGCCAAUUUGGCCAGGUGUAAAGUUAUCCCAAUGCUUGCGGAAAAUUCUUAGCUUAUUACACUGUGAAACUUCCAUAUUUGAGCGUCUUGCAAGAGAAACUAAUUGUUACAAUGCUUAUAAGGACUUACCUGAUAAAAUAAAAGACUUUGUAGACUCUUGUCUUCAAAUUUACCCUUCAAAACGCAAAGUACCAGAAGAGUUAUUGAAAUUGUCAAUAUUUGAAGAAUUUCUAUUAAAAAAUGAAAAAGAAAAAGAAAAGAAUUUAUAUAAGAAUAUUAUUGUUAGAAAAAUGGAUGAAUUAUAUUAUUUAUGGCAACUAGCAGGAGGAGAUAUUACAGUGGAAUUAAAAAAACAGGGUCUUAUUAGAUCCAGACCUCCUAUAUUAUCCAUUCCAAAUUUAGUAAUACUUUUAGGUCAAAUGUUUGGUAGAAGAGACGCAGCAGGCUUACUCGAUUUACGUGUGGUUAAAGUUCCUCUUGAUACAUUGCGUCAACGUUUGUCUCAUAUUCCAUAUAUAGCAAAUUAUCCAUGGUUAACAAAUCAAAUGCGUGUUCAAUUGCAAGAAGAUUUAAUAGAUGCUGCUUCUCAGUUACCUUUAAUUAUAAGAGAAAGGGAUACGGAAUAUCAAUUUUAUAGGAUCGUUUUAUAUGAUAGAUUACUACAAGUAUAUCCACUUACACGGGAAGCAAUCAUUGAAGAAGCACACAAGGAUAUACCUCCACCUGUUAGAGGGGCUGUUUGGGCAGCAUUACUUGGUAUUACUGGCGAUAUUCAGAAACGUUAUGAUAUGAUCGAUAAAGAAACACCUACGCACACAGAUCGACAAAUAGAGGUAGAUAUACCAAGAUGUCAUCAAUAUAGUGAAUUAUUAUCAUCUGGUGCUGGUCAUGAGAGAUUACAAAGAUUGCUCAAAGCAUGGGUUCGUAAUAAUCCUCAUUAUGUUUAUUGGCAAGGAUUAGAUUCAUUAACAGCUCCAUUUCUUUAUCUUAAUUUCAAUAAUGAAGCUAGAGCAUUUGAAUGUUUGUCUGCAUUUAUACCAAAGUAUCUUCAUAAAUUUUUUUUAAAAGAUAAUUCUGCUGUUAUACAAGAAUACUUAGGAAAAUUUUCACAAAUUAUAGCUUUCCAUGAUCCUCAAUUAGCUAAUCAUCUUAGAUCAAUAAACUUUGUACCGGAAUUGUUUGCUAUUCCAUGGUUUUUAACGAUGUUUUCACAUGUAUUUCCACUUCAUAAAAUACUCCACCUGUGGGAUAAACUGUUAUUAGGAGAUUCUGCAUUUCCACUUUUAGUCGGACUAGCGAUUUUGAAACAAUUGCGUGACUCCCUUUUAACUUCAGGUUUUAAUGAGUGUAUUCUUUUAUUUUCUGAUCUUCCUGAAAUCGAUAUAGAAUUAUGUGUUAAAGAUUCCAUGAUUAUGUACCAAAAUACACCAUCUAGUAUUACUUAUAGGAAACAUCAGUUUAAUCAACCAAAGGAUAUAAAUUGGUUGGAACCGGAACCAAAUACUGAAAAAAUGCCGAGAAUUUUUGUUGAUGAUUUUCUAAAUUUAUUAGAUAGUAGUCCUGAGAGAUUAAUAGCUGUAGAUAUACGCAAUAACAUACAAUUUGAAAGAGGUGCUAUAGUAGGCAGUAUUAAUAUUCCAUUUACAAGUGUACAACUAUCUCAAACUCAUAUUGAAACUCUUGGAUCACAUGCAAAACCACUUGUAGAAAAUAAAAAUAGUAUUGUUGUAAUUAUAGGACCCCAUGAUCAAAAUAAUGCAUUGUUUUCAGAUUUUUUAGUAAAAUGUGGAGUUAUGGGUGUUUGUUCCUUACAAGGAGGAAUUUCUGCUUUACGGGCGAAAUCUCCAAAUGCUAUAGUAGCUGCACGUUAAAAAUUGUAUGUAAUUACUGCGAAUAUUUAAAACUCUUUACUGUAAUAAAUUACACCAAU